AGGACCUGCUCGGUAUCAAUAAACCGCCCCUCUCCUCAGUGUGGGGUGUAGUACGAUCAGCUGAAAUCAGUUGUUAUUUCGGUAACUAUGGUUACCCCGAAAACCACCCCCAUACGAAGGAAAUGAUUUUUUUUUCUAUUCGGGAACCACAAGGAACAAGGAACUAGGAAUUUACGCAUUUUCAGUCACGAACCGAAACCUAGCACAUCGUUGUCGACGAGUGUUUACAACCAGUACAUAGUUUCCUUCAGCAGGUCUUGCAGGGAAAGUGAGUGUUGGAGGAUUUUUUCCUUGCAAGAUUGGUUUCGACUAUGGAAAUGGAGUGGAAAAUUUGACCAAAUCUAAAAAGGGGUUCUAAAAUGCGUUAAUUCAGUGCAAUUUCGAUGCAAUAGUGGUGAUCUGAGUGAGAGCAAUAAGCAGUAUAUGGAAGUACGAUGGAAAUGUGUAACUUAAUUGUGAAAAAAUGUCCAACAAAUUACCGCACCAAAUUCUCCUGCCAAUGGAUAUGGAACAAUUCUGCGACCCGGAUACGCACCAAUUGGUUUCUGCUGGUGUUUGGAGUAGCUUCCUUGUCGAUUCUGGCUCAAACCGAUGCUGGGUUUGCUUGUCUCAGCAAUCCUUGCGUGUACGGGGUGUGCAUUGACGAUUUAAAUAGUACCUACUCGUGUUACUGCAUCGACGGCUACACUGGAGUACACUGCCAAACGAACUGGGAUGAGUGUUGGUCAAAUCCUUGCCGCAACGGGGGUACCUGUGUCGACGGGAUCGCGUCAUACAACUGCACCUGCAGAGAUGGAUUUAUUGGUUUAUCAUGUGAAGAAAACUUCAACGAGUGCCUGUCGAACCCAUGCCAAAACGGAGGAAGCUGCCACGAUCAGGAUAACUCGUUUGUGUGCAGCUGUGCUCCUGGAUAUGUGGGAGUGUUCUGUGAGGAAGAUGUUGCAGUUUGCGACAGUGGCGAUCGAUGUCAUAAUGGAGGGGAGUGCUUCGAGGGUCCGGGCCUGGAGUUCUUCUGUCAGUGCAUGGAGGGAUAUGAAGGCAAAUUCUGCGAUCGUGAAACCAACGAAUGCGAGUCUUCACCAUGCCAGAAUGGAGCUAUCUGUAUUGAUAAGUUUGCGAGCUACGACUGCGCUUGCACGCUAGGUUUCACGGGAACCAAUUGCGAGGAGGAGAUCAUGCUUUGCGAAAACUCACCAUGUGCCAACCAAGCGCUGUGCCUGAUGGAGGAAAACGAGCCCAUUUGUUACUGUGUGCCAGAUUUCCACGGUGAACGUUGCGAGUAUCAGUAUGACGAGUGCCAAUUGGAGCCAAACCCUCGAUGUGUCAACGGCGGAACUUGUGUGGAUGGUGUUGACGAAUAUUUCUGUUCCUGUCCGCCGAUCUUCACCGGUACCAAUUGUGAGUGUUUGAUAAUGGAGGACGCUAGUAUGGAUUGUAAUUACACGGCUCCUGAACCGACGACACUGGACUACAUAUCUACCAGUAGUUGGUUUAGGACUAGCGCUAGUUCUGAGUAUUUUGAAGAGGAAUUUGUGAGUAGAACCGAGAUGCCGGCUGUCUAUUCAACCUUUUCUGCAUCGACACAACAGUAUGGAUUAUCGAAUAAUACGUACACGUUCACUGGAACUAAGCCUUAUUCAACCGAGUCGGUUACCAUCGAGACAAGUAUAGGAGCUGAAGCGAGUACGGCCAGUAUAGAACCCACAGUGUAUCAGUAUCCUUCGCCGACUUCUGGAGCUGAAGAAGAAUCUACUUCCAAAAAAUACCCUGAAACAACGGUUAAAACAGGAGACGAACCCUCCAAAACAGCAUACACUCGAGCGGAACCGGACGCGACUGAAGAAAUGGACGCAGAGACAACUUCCCGUACGACUGGUUCUACUUUAUUGAUUUCAGAGGAUCAAGUAACAUCACGAACUAUCGAUGGUAGUGGUUUAUCAACAGUUGAUAUGAAAGAAUCGUCGAUACCGUCCGACGAAGCAACGAUAAAGACGGAAGAGACGUCUUCCGACAUAGAUAAAGGGUAUACCAAAAUUUCGACAGCAUCGAGCAGCGAACUUAGGCCCACCGAAUCCGGUUUACCCAACAUUACGGAUGCGCCAACAUUCGAACCAGGGAAGACUCCUGUGACGAAACCAGGCAUUAUCGAUACUACUAUAGCAGAGAGAACAGAUCAAACUCCUGUCAUAGACGCAACACUAUCACCAUUUUUCACCGAAUCUCCCGAAAAUACCUCGGUAUCGGCACAAACGGAAGGUCCAACUAAGUUUGGAUCUUCUCCUGCGUCUCCUCCAUUCGAAAUAACAUUUUCGUCUCCAACAGUAACACCAUUGGCAACAACCGUAUCAGCGCAAACUGCGAAACCCACGGAUGCGAUCAUAACCGAAUGCGAUGACACGGUUUGCUCGAACGGUGGAACCUGCUCGAUGACGCCAAGUGGGAUCAGAUGUCAUUGCGAUUUUCGCUACAUCGGAACGUUUUGUGAUGUUCCGGUAAGCAUUCAGAAUGCUGCCUUCUCCAGAGAUUCCUUCCUGCGACAUAUCAUCUACCGGAAGAAUGAAAGUGAAUCGUCGAAUAUGACACUCAGUCAGGUUCUAACGAUAAACACACGCUUCAAAGCGAAAAUGACUUCACGAGAGGGCUUGAUUAUGCUAAUGGCAGCUGAAGGCACCGACGGGAGCCACUAUGUUGCCCUGUUCCUCCACAAAGGGCUACUUCAGUUUCAGUUCUCCUGUGGUCUCCAAACCAUGCUUCUGAGUGAAAUUGAAGGACCAGUGAACAAUGGUUAUGAGAUGAAUAUAAAAGUGGAAUUGCACUUCAACGAUCGUUACACCCACUGCAACGCUUCACUGCAUGUGAACGAAACUCUUGCAAUGAGUGGAGAGCAGCCGACUUGGUUGAUGAAUCAAAACAGCGAAUAUACCAGAACCAUUCCGAUCAAGCACAGCUGGCUGCACCUGGGUGGACGGCCUAUCAAGACUAUGUACACGUUAAGUCAUAACAUUUCCCGCUACCAGGGAUUCACUGGAUGCAUCUACGAACUGGAAGUGAAUCAAAAACCAAUGGCGAUCUUUGACCACGCAGAGGAUGCAUAUCGGAUAUAUGAAUGUACUUCGUUGGCCUGUUUGUCCAGCCCGUGCAAGAAUGGAGCAAUCUGCGUUGAGGAUGAAGGUUUCAUCCUCGAGAAGAGCUACAAGCCGGACAUCCAAGCUAACUGGAGUUGCAAGUGCGCUUUCGGUUAUAUGGGAAAGACCUGUGAACGAUCCAUAUGUGAUAACAAUCCGUGCAAAUUCGGCGGUACCUGUGUCACGUUCCCGGAGAGCGGUUAUCUUUGUCUUUGUCCAUAUGGAAAGCAUGGCCAUUUUUGUGAACAUGACCUGGACAUACUGCAACCAUCCUUCUUUGGUAGCAUAAAAGGAUUGUCAUCCUUUGUAGCAUAUCCAGUUUCAUUUCCGCUGGAGGAUCAGUUUGAGUUCAGCUUCAAAAUCAUCCCAACAACGUCGUCCCAAAUAUCCUUGCUUGCUUUUCUUGGCCAACAAGACCACACGGAGCGAAGCGAUCAUUUCUCAGUUAGUUUCAUCCAAGGGUUCAUUCUAGUCACGUGGAACCUGGGCAGUGGCCCACGUCGAAUCUUCACCCAACAGCCGAUCCACGUGCAACCUGCAAGACCCACCACUAUUAACGUAGGUCGCAACGGUCGUUUAGCUUGGCUGUCUAUCGAUGGAAAGGUUAACAUCUCUGGGAACUCUCCUGGAAGCAGUAGUAAACUGAACGUUUCACCCUAUCUGUACAUUGGUGGUCACGAAAAGGGCAAUUUUUCGGACCUUCCCCAUGAUCUACCAUUGCAUUCGGGCUUCCAGGGCUGUCUGUUUGACAUCCACAUCAUCGCAGGACCUGUCCACAUACCACUUCAGCACAUUGGAGGAAUGCGGGGACGAAGCGUAGGUCAGUGUGGAACCAAGGAAUGCCACCGGCAUGCCUGUCAGAACAAUGGGGCUUGCCUCCAGCAUGGCUCCACAUUCACCUGUAUCUGCCAGGAAGAUUGGAAUGGACUUUUGUGCUCACAGAAAAACAAUCCUUGUGAUGAGAGCAACAAGUGCACCAUUGAUGCCGGUUGUUUCCCUCAGAUAUCUGGAUAUGAGUGUGACUGCCCGUUUGGUAAAAUAGGAAAGCGCUGUGAGUCGAACUUGAAAUAUCUGAGUGAUGUAUCGUUUUCCGGCCGGAGAUCCUACCUAGCUUUGAAGUGGCCUAUAAGUGCUGACUAUUCCUAUCUCGAAAACGAGGUGCGUUACGAAAAAAUUAUUCAGCCAGCCAGUCUCAUGUCCCAGAACCACUCGAUUCUAUUGAAAUCGAUCAACGAGUUGGACAAAAUAAACGAUGUACUCAAGAUCAGCAACAAUGAAAGUGCGGCAGACUAUUUGUUCUCCCAUACGUUAGCGCCCCGCUCGGGAAACUAUCGUCAGCUAAAGAUUCGGUAUCUUUCCAUCGAACUUCAGGUGCGACCGCUUUCGGAGAAAGGUCUUCUGAUGUUUGUGCAAACUUGCGACACCAACGAAAGAAGACAAGGCUUCAUAAGUUUAAGUCUGCAGGGAGGAGUCAUUGAAUACCGUGUAUCGUCAACACAGAUGCAGACAUCGGUGGUGCGUAGCAAUCAUGUGCUAGCGAUAGGGGAGUGGCAUCACAUUAAAAUUAUCAAGUAUGGAAAGCGGUUAACUCUGUGGGUAGAAGGGAGAAGUACAUCGAUUAUGGGUUCCGCUCGGGACGAAUUCAUUAGCCCCACCAGUAGGGUAUUCUUCGGCGGACUUCCAGAUUUAUCACAACUUCCUUUCGAUGCGAUAUCGGGAUUUCCGCUGCCUUUCAGAGGCUGCGUCAGAAACGUGAAUCUCAACGGAACUCGGAUCACCCUCAACGACACGAGCAUCCUGGAAUCGAGAAACAUCAACGACUGUGAUGGAACGCCAUGUGGAGGAGAUCUCUGUGCGAAAGGUGGCCUCUGUUGGUUGGACGAAUACUCGCAACCGCACUGCAAAUGUCCGGAAUACUCGAAGGGGUUGAAUUGUGAAAUCCAAGAAUCGUGUGAAGUCAUUAAGUGUCAAAAUAAUGGCCAGUGUCUGAAAAGUGGACGCUGCAGUUGCGGUAUCGGCUGGACGGGUUAUUACUGCGAGUUUCCUACGACCAAGUUCUCGGCGCUAGGUUUUAACGACAGAAGCUACAUUUUGAUUCCAUCGCAAAAGAUAAAAAUGAAAGAUAAGCGAAAUGGUGAAUCCGGUGGUACCAACCCGCGGAUGGAACUACAGAUAUCGUUCAAUAUUUCCACGCUGGAUGAUGGGGUUGUUUUUUGGACCACGGAUAAAAACUCUAGAUAUUUUGGAGUAGGUGUUCGAGAUGGAUUCAUAACGAUUGCCAGUAAUAUGGUCGCUGAUGGUGGAAACUCUACGACGAUCGGUAAUCCAUGGAAAACGUACGUUGCUGAUGGAGACUGGCACAAUGUUCGUAUCGAGACAGAAAAUGAACUCGUGCAUGUCCUUGUCGAUGGAACACCUUUGUUCUCCGAAUUGAAACUUAUUUCAGAUACUUCAAAUUUUGAGUUCCAAGAACGAUAUUAUUCAGAUGAAAGCACAUAUCUAGGUGGCUUUCCAGAUGAAGACAUCGGGAACCGAACCAACGGAAAAUUUAGCAACUCUUUCGUCGGCUGUAUCCAAAGCGUUUAUUUGGGGAAUAAUCCCGAAGAGUUGGAUUACCUGGCGUAUGAAGGUGCGAAUAUCAAUGAAUGUGAGGUAUGAAGGCGGAUAGGAAAUGUUGAUGGUUUCUACAUACUGCCUUCAGUAGGAUUACCUAAUGCCUAAUAGUUGAUCGUGUAGUUAAAAUUCUGUAACUAGUUGAUGUGUGUAGAAAAACGAAAAACAAAAUCAUUGCGUGAAUAAAAUAGAAUUAAAGUCAAUUUUAAAAACAAAAGUUCACUAUGUAAGUCAUUUCGGAGUAUUAUUAAUCUGGCUUGUAAACUAUACAGUCUUUUAUGUACUAUAGUCACGGUAAAUAUUAUAUGUAAACAAGGUGGAUAGAAGUAGCAUUUUAUUUAAUUUAAUUGAAAUAAAAACAUUUGAAAC